GCCACAGGAAGAAGCAACAGACAUGUGACAUUUAACAGGAAGUAAAUAAACUGCCUUCCCGCGUACUUGAAUUGUUUCAACAAGACGUUCAUAUUCACGGCUAAUCGGAUGAAAUGGACGAACUUUAUUUAGAUAAUAUUGACGAAUUUGUAAAUGACCACAACAAAAUAGUGACUUAUAAAUGGCUGAGUCUAACGCUGGGAGUUCAUGUCAACACAGCAAAGCAAAUGCUUUACCAUUACCUGGAUCACAAGAGGAAAGAAAGUUCAGCUCAGCUCCAUGCCACCUAUCUCGUGUCUGGGAAGUUUGUGCACAAUGGUCAAACAAGUUACAAGGUGUCAGUUGUCAGAGAGGACCAGUUGGAAGAUUUCAAAUCGAAAAUGAGCUUGAUAGUCAGCAUCCAUGUCUACAGUGUUCAGAAGGCUUUACUAAAAGACAGCGGUCCCCUCUACAGUGUCGAUUACGAUGCAGUGAAAGACAAUCUGAAGAACUGCAGCAGAUACAGCGCAAUCCGCUGUGCCAACGCGGUACCCAUGUCCUCUCUGGAGCUGCAGCAGGUGAGAGAAAAGCAGUGGGGUCCCACACCCGAGCCUGAAAAUCAAAAAUCUGCCACGAAUGGAGACACCAGUCAGAUGUCAAAACCUUCCUCUAAGCCUCAAAAAGGAAUCAUGGGAAUGUUCACAAAUAAGGCUACUCCUAAGAAUCAAGACAGCAGCAAAGGGGUUACAUCAGAGCAGAAAGAAGAUACACCUGUGGUUGAUGCUGCCAAAAGCAAACCAGCUGGAAAGUCCAAUCCAAUGAUAAACUUCUUUGGCAGUCAAACAGCAAAGAAACCUGACAAAAAAGUGAAGGAGGAGGAAGCAGCUCAGUCAUCAUCCGCAUCAGAGCAGCGGCAUCAGAGUUCACAACCUGAAGCAAAACACGAAGCUGUUGCAGCGGAGCUGCCAAAAGACACUAAGAGAGACUGCAGGAGUAAAACCAAACGAAUAAAGGAUUCUGACAGUGAAGAAGAGAAAGUGGAGAAGAAAAAGAUGCGAAGGAUUAAAAAGCCUGAACCUGACAGCAGUGAUGAAGAUGUUCUUCCAGAUUCACCACAGCAGAUGGAAACAAGAGAACCAUCACCGAGUCCCAAAAAGGAGCAGAGUCACCCUGAAAUGAAGACGAGGAAACGGAGACAAGUCCUUAAAUCUCGCACCUUUGUAGACGACGAAGGAUGCAUUGUGACAGAGAAAGUAUAUGAGAGUGAAUCAUACUCCGAAACAGAGGAUGACGUUCCAGCCAGCAAACACACUGCGAAAGAUCCCAACCCAGCAAAACUACCAGCAAGUAACAGAGAAGAUAAGAAAAGUCAGAAAAAAGCUUCAAAUACAAACAAAGGAAGUAAACAAGCUUCAAUUAUGGGAUUUUUCCAAAAGAAAUAACAGAAGACAUAAUCAGACACUUGGAUCGACAUUAAGGAACAAGUACUGGUACAGAUUUCCUCUAAUGAUCGUACCUGACUCUCAGCGGAUACUCAUCAGAUUUUUGAACGUACUGUUGCCAGUUUAAGAUGUGAAUUCAAGACCAACCUAAUAAAUACUGUUCAAGCCUGAAACAAAACAAAUGAUGUGUUGGAAAUGAUUGACAGGGUUACAGUUUGAAAAUGGUGCCUUUUGCGACACAGUAUGUAAUUCAGCUGUUUUAAAAAUGAUCAUCCUCUAAUUAUAGGCAAAAUUAGCAUCUUUAAUAUUGACUAGUCAAAUUGUGAGUGGAUGCACUGAUGUUUGAAUGAUUUUUAACUCAAGUCCUGGAUUUUACCACUGUAUGUACAACACUUACAGACGUGGACAAAAAUGUUGGUACCCUUCUGUUAAACAAAGACAAACUCACAAUGGUCACUGAAAUAACGUGAAACUGA